AUGAGUCCAGGAGAACCCCCACAUUACGCACUGGAUUUGUCUGGGACAGAACAAUCACAUCUAACACCAGAGAUGUUUUACCAGUGCCCUUAUUGUAACUACAAUAGCAGGGACCCAAAUCGUAUACAGAUGCAUGUUUUGUCACAACAUUCUAUGCAGCCUGUGAUCUGCUGUCCCCUUUGUCAAGAUGUCCUGAGCAACAAAAUGCAUCUGCAAUUGCAUCUGACUCAUUUGCACAGUGUGUCACCUGAUUGUGUGGAAAAACUGCUUAUGACAGUUCCUGUACCAGAUAUGAUGAUGCCUAACAGUAUGCUACUGCCAACAGUUGCUUCAGAGAAAUCUGACUGCGAUGCCAUGUCCACAAACCUGAGAACUGAGGGAUCUGGAAAAUACUCAGGUGAUAGUCCUCCAGAGGAGAAGAAUACUCCUGGGCUUGAAGAAUCAAAAACUGGAAUGGAAAUUAAAAUAGAGGAAAAUAAGCCACUAAAAGAAUCUGCUGAACUGCCAGAAUGGAACAAAAGCAGCAGUAAUGAUAUAAAGAUAAUUGAAUCACUGCCAGAUCAUUUGAAUGAACAGCAGAAGAGGCAGCAGCUUUCUGUUUCUGAUCGCCAUGUCUAUAAAUAUCGUUGUAACCAUUGUAGCUUGGCUUUUAAGACUAUGCAGAAGCUUCAGAUACAUUCCCAGUAUCAUGCUAUUCGGGCUGCUACCAUGUGUAGCCUUUGCCAACGUAGCUUCCGUACAUUCCAGGCUUUAAAAAAACAUUUGGAAACAGGCCAUCCAGAACUCAGUGAAGCUGAAAUUCAGCAGCUGUGUACAUCUUUACCUGUAAAUGGUGAACUCUGGUCAGAAAAUGAAAGUAUGGCACAAGAGGAACAUGCACUAGAACAAGAUAUAGAAAGGGAAUAUGAGGUGGACCAGGAAGGUAAAGCAAGUCCUGUAGGAAGUGACAGCAGCUCGAUUCCAGAUGAAAUGGGCUCAGAACCAAAGCGGACCUUACCUUUUAGAAAAGGGCCAAAUUUUACUAUGGAAAAGUUUCUAGAUCCUUCUCGUCCAUAUAAAUGCACAGUGUGCAAAGAAUCUUUCACACAAAAGAACAUUCUUUUGGUCCAUUAUAAUUCAGUCUCCCAUUUACAUAAACUCAAAAAAGUGUUGCAGGAAGCAUCCAGUCCUGUCCCUCAAGAAGCAAACAGCAGCACUGACAACAAACCCUAUAAAUGCAGCAUUUGCAAUGUUUCUUACAGCCAAAGUUCUACACUGGAAAUCCACAUGAGAUCUGUACUGCAUCAGACUAAGGCAAGGGCUGCAAAAUUAGAGCCAAACAGUAAUACAUUAAGCGGAACUAGUACAGCAGGGAGCGUUAAUAGCCCUAGCCAAGGAUCAGUAGAGUCUACGAGCUUACCAGCAGCUAACAGCAAAGAAACUCACCUAGAUGCCAAAGAAUUAAAUAAAAAACAGGCUUCUGAAUUUAUUUCUGCUCAGCCUACACAUCAUCCUCCCCAGUCACCAGCACAACUGCAGAUGCAACUCCAGCAUGAAUUGCAGCAGCAAGCAGCUUUCUUUCAGCCACAGUUCUUGAAUCCUGCUUUUUUGCCUCAUUUUCCUAUGACGCCAGAAGCGUUGCUGCAAUUUCAACAACCACAGUUUCUUUUUCCGUUUUAUAUUCCAGGGACUGAAUUCAGUCUGAGCCCUGAUCUGGGUUUACCUGCUUCUGCCACUUUUGGUAUGCCUGGAAUGGCAGGUAUGGCAGGUUCAUUGUUAGAAGAUCUAAAACAGCAGAUGCAAGUUCAGCACCAUGUCGGUCAAACUCAGCUACAGCUAUUACAGCAACAGGCACAACAGUAUCAAAUUACACCACCUCAAAUUCAGCCCCCAAAGCAGCAACAGCAACAGGCUAAUAAGUUGGUAAAAGCAGAGCAAAAUCCUGCGGUAAAUACAGAAUGCCAGAUGGUGAAGGAUAUGCCCUUAGUUAAGGAAUCUGAAGAGAUUUCUGAGAAACAAGAAAAACCAAAGCAAGAAUUCACAAGUGAUAGUGAAGGGUUGAAAGAAAACAAAGAAAUAAAGAAGCAGAAGUCUUCAGAACCAAUUAUCCCACCACCUAGAAUUGCUUCUGGGGCAAGAGGAAAUGCAGCCAAAGCUUUAUUAGAAAAUUUUGGCUUUGAAUUGGUUAUUCAAUAUAAUGAGAACAGGCAGAAGGUGCAGAAGAAAAGUAAAACUAGUGAUUGUGAAAAUACUGACAAAUUGGAAUGUGCAGCGUGUAGCAAAUUAUUUUCAAACAUACUUAUAUUGAAGAGUCAUCAGGAACACGUCCAUGGUCAGUUCUUCCCAUAUGGUGCACUAGAAAAAUUUUCCUGUCAAUACAGGGAGGCAUAUGACAAACUUUAUCCUAUUUCACCAUCUUCUCCAGAACCACCCCCACCUCCAGCUCCAUCUGUAACUCCUUCACAACCUUCAUCUAGCUCUGGAAAAAUUCAGAGCAUAACUCCCACUCCUCUGCAAGCUCCACCGCCAACACCACCUCCACCGCCUCCGCCACCACCUCCUCCGCCACCGCCUCCGCCUUCUGCUCCACCACCAGUGCAGCUGCCAAUCUUACUCAGCUUUGUCAGCAACAACUUGGAUUAG